AUGAACAAUCAAAGGCGCUAUUAUGAAUUAUUGUCACCACCUCAAGUGUUAACUGAAAAACAGAACAAUGCUCCAGCUAUCAAUAUUUCAUUGGAUAGUGAUUAUGUAACAGAAGAUGAAGAAGAAGAAGUACAUCUGAAAUAUCAAUUGAAACCAUUAGAAGAACAAGUUUUAUCACAAAAACUAAGUCAGUUAUCUACGACUUCACAUCAGUUAAAUGAAAAUCUUGAAGUCAUCAAUGAAGAUAUGAACCAAAAUGUUCCAUAUUAUCUGUCUAAAGAAAGCAAAUCUUUCCAGCAAGUCAUAAGUCACAUCACACAUAAUGAUUUACGAGAAGAAUUACGACAAAUGGCUCUUUUGAUACAUGAACUUUUAAUGAUCAAUUUAGAAAAAUCUCUUUGGAAAACUUAUUUGGAAGCAGGUACAGGUCAACUUUACAUUAAUGAAAUGACUAAUGAUGAUAAGAUUAAUCCAACAAUUUUGGCUCGGUCAUACAUUGUUGA